AAGGUUUACUAAUAUGAAACUGCGUGGUUUUUUGGGGGAUGCGCUGGUGGGCGGAGAGUUCGACAUGGAGCUCAACUUCGUCAUCCAAGAUGCUCAAAAUAUCAAACACAUGCUGGAACUGCUGGACCACUGUCCGCCCAACCUUCAGGCGGAGAUCUGGAGCGUGUUCAUCGCCAUCCUGCGCAAGAGCGUGCGCAACCUGCAGGCCUGUACGGACGUGGGGCUCAUCGAGCACGUGCUCAACCGGCUGUCGCAGGCGGAGACGGUCGUCGCAGAUCUGCUGAUCGAGAUGUUGGGCGUGUUGGCCAGUUACAGCAUAACAGUGAAGGAAUUGAAGUUGCUUUUCGGCGCCAUGAAAGCUGGCAACGGCAAAUGGCCGCGGCAUUCCGCCAAGCUGCUGAAUGUCCUGCGCCAGAUGCCGCAGCGGAACGGCCCCGACGUCUUCUUCAGCUUCCCGGGCCGCAAAGGAUCGGCGGUGGUGCUGCCGCCGCUGGCGCGGUGGCCCUACGAGAACGGCUUCACCUUCACCACCUGGUUCCGGCUCGACCCCAUCAACUCUGUCAACAUCGAGCGGGAGAAGCCGUACCUCUACUGCUUCAAGACGAGCAAGGGUGUAGGAUACUCGGCGCACUUCGUGGGCAACUGCCUGGUCCUCACCUCCAUGAAGGUCAAGGGCAAGGGCUUCCAGCAUUGUGUCAAGUAUGAGUUUCAACCUCGGAAGUGGUACAUGAUCGCCAUCGUUUACAUCUACAACCGGUGGACCAAAAGUGAAAUCAAGUGUCUGGUGAACGGGCAACUGGCAUCUAGUACGGAGAUGGCGUGGUUCGUGUCCACCAAUGACCCGUUCGACAAGUGCUACAUCGGCGCCACGCCCGAGGUGGACGAGGAGCGCGUCUUCUGCGGCCAGAUGUCCGCCAUCUACCUGUUCAGCGAGGCGCUCACCACGCACCAGAUCUGCGCCAUGCAUCGCCUGGGGCCUGGCUACAAGUGCCAGUUUCGGUUUGACAAUGAGUGCACCCUGAGCCUGCCCGACAAUCACAAACGGGUGAGUGACGCUGCCACACCCCGCAUGCAACAGGAACAGGCCAUGCUUUCCGUGCUGUAUGAUGGCAAGCUCUCCAGUGCCAUUGUGUUCAUGUACAACCCUGUGGCUACUGACAGUCAGUUGUGCCUCCAGUCAGCACCAAAGGGAAAUGUAUCCUAUUUUGUUCACACUCCUCAUGCAUUAAUGCUUCAGGAUGUGAAGGCAGUGAUCACUCAUUCCAUCCACAGCACACUCAACUCCAUUGGGGGUAUCCAAGUGUUGUUUCCAUUGUUUUCUCAAUUGGAUAUGCCUUAUGAUAGUGUUGUUGGUGCUAGCGAGGUCAAGAAAGACCCCACUUUGUGUUCUAAACUUCUGGGCUUUAUUUGUGAGCUUGUGGAGAGCUCACAAACUGUCCAGCAACAUAUGAUCCAGAACCGUGGUUUCUUGGUUACCAGCUUCAUGCUGCAGCGAGCAUCACGGGACCAUCUUACCACCGAGGUGCUGGGUUCAUUCCUUGGCCUCACAAAGUACCUGGUGACCUGCCUUAGUUCCAACAGUGAACUCCUCCUUAAGCAGCUGCGCCCGUGGACAGGCUCGUCAAUUAAGAUGCAGUUGUUCUGCUUCUCAUUCCUCACCUGGCAGCUGCUGGAUCAUGUACUGUUCAACCCUGCUCUGUGGAUCUACACGCCAGCACCUGUCCAGACUAGGCUCUACUCGUACCUGGCCACGGAGUUCCUUGCCGACACACAGAUUUACUCGAAUGUGCGACGCGUCUCUACUGUGCUUCAGACAGUGCACACGCUCAAGUACUACUACUGGGUUGCCAAUCCCCGUGCGAAGAGUGGAAUUACACCCAAAGGAUUAGAUGGACCAAGACCAGCUCAGAAAGACAUUUUAGCAAUUCGAGCAUAUAUUCUUCUCUUUUUAAAACAACUUAUUAUGAUUGGAAAUGGAGUGAAGGAUGAUGAACUGCAGAGUAUACUAAAUUAUCUUACCACCAUGCAUGAGGAUGAGAACUUACAUGAUGUCCUUCAAAUGCUUAUUUCCCUCAUCUCAGAGCACCCCGCAUCAAUGGUACCUGCAUUUGAUGUAAAGCAAGGUGUACGCACUAUCUUCAAAUUAUUGGCUGCUGAAAGUCAACUAAUUCGCCUUCAGGCAUUGAAACUUCUAGGAUUCUUUCUCAGUCGUAGCACACACAAGAGAAAAUACGAUGUUAUGAGUCCACACAACUUGUACACUUUACUUGCGGAACGGUUGCUAUUGAACGAAGAAACUCUGACAUUACCUACUUACAAUGUUCUAUAUGAGAUAAUGACAGAGCAUAUCAGUCAGCAAAUUUUGUACACAAGACAUCCAGAACCAGAGUCUCACUUCAGACUGGAAAAUCCAAUGAUUCUAAAAGUUGUAGCAACAUUAAUUCGUCAAUCCAAGCAGACAGAACAGCUUUUAGAUGUGAAGAAAUUGUUCUUAUCUGAUAUGACGUUACUUUGCAACAAUAAUCGUGAAAACCGACGAACUGAAUGGCUUAUUGCUAUGGCAUACAUCCAUCCUAAGAAUACUGAAGAACAAAAGAUAUCUGACAUGGUAUAUUCUUUGUUUCGGAUGCUCCUUCACCAUGCUAUCAAACAUGAAUAUGGAGGGUGGAGAGUGUGGGUCGAUACUUUAGCUAUUGUUCACUCAAAGGUGUCAUAUGAAGAAUUCAAGCUCCAGUUUGCCCAAAUGUAUGAACAUUAUGAACGGCAGAGAUCUGACAACAUUACUGAUCCUGCUGUUCGCCAACAGCGGCCUAUCAGUACUAUUUCUGGUUGGGAUCAACAGCACACUGCCACGAAUGGUUAUCAUGCUAGGCCUCCCAUUACAGGAACCUGGCAGAAUACUGGGAAAGAAGGUGGCCCGGUAUGUAGCUGUGGGCUCAAUUCUCCUGAACACGAAGAUACUAAGUGUGGAAGUGAUAUAGGGCUGGGGUCCACAUUAGGUCUUGAAGAAGAAAAGGGACAGGAUGCUUUGUCAAUAGGGUCUAGCACGUGCAAUUUAUAUAGUGAGGUGUGCAAAGCAGACACAGGAUCCCUUAUCAUCGAAGACAAUCAGCAAUCUGAUACAGAACAAAAACUCGAAGGUGCUGUGGAUACUGAAGGGUCAGCCCAGAGCCCUUUGUCAUCUCAAAGUGAAACUGCAAUUCUUGACAGUGGAACUGAACCAGAUCCUCCAUCAGUGCAGACACCUUUGCCUUUAAUACAACAAACUUCAGAAGACAAACAGUCUCCUUUACUGGAAGAACCUCAGUGUCAGAGUGAAGAACCAGAAACUUCAGCUUCAUCUGAGCCAAAUCCUGAAACUCCAGAAGUUAUUGUAGACAUAAAAUCUGAAACUUUUAAUGAUGAUUCAAUUGAACCGAGUGUGGUAGGUGAUGUGCCUGAAACUGAGUCUAUUACUGAGAUGUCUGAACAAAAAGAUGAACCCAAUGCAGUUAAAGAACAGUUCCCAGAGGGUGCAGUUGAUGAGGGCUUAGAAGAGGAGCAAGUAAAAGAAGAUGAGAAAUCUUCUACAGAAAGUUCAAAUGUAUCUGAAAAUCCAGCUCCAGCUAAGGACCUGGAAGCAGAGGUGGAGGGUAGUGUAGAUGAUCCAGUUGUAGAAAGUAUAGGUGAUGUUCCAGCUCAGAGUGAUAGUGAUCAAGUCAGAGCAGUACAGUCUAGUGAUAUGGGUGCAUCUCAGCUUAGUUCAUUAGAGCCAGAUGAAUUUUUCGAAGAACUAGGUGAAAAUAAAGAUGAUGAUAGUGAUAGAAAAGAUAGUUUGGAUCUUGUUAGUCGUGAAGUGACAGUUCAAGUAGAGAGAGAAGUAGGUGAUAGUGAUACUUCUGAAGCGUAUUUAACUCCAACAGAACUGGCUGGAGAGAAGAAAGAGAAUGAUCUGGAUGCUAAUGAAGAAGAAAAGACUUUGAAUGCUGACCCGCCCAGGAUUAGUGUAGAAGUGACAAUGGCUUCUGGUGAUUUCAACAAGGAACAGAGUGUUUUAGUGUUAGCCAGUACUAGCCAAGUUCAAAAUGUGAGUGCAGAGGUACAAACUGGGUCACCCGAUGCAGAAGGUGAACUGAGUAAAGAGGCUUCUGUAGAAAUAGUUUCUGAUAGUGAAAAGGAUGUGCCAGAAACCCCCACACAAACUGUUGUUCAACCUGAACCUACAGACAAUCAAACACAAGAACCCUUAGAUGUAGAAACAAAUCCACCUGAAAAUGUGAUGCCAGUUACAGAAAGUAUAGUUGUGAGUCCUGAAGUUCAAAGUGAAUUACAGCAGGUUAAAGAAAUUCAAGAAACGGUAAUUAGUACUGUUGAAACUUGUGAUAAAAACUCACAAAAUUCUUCUCAAGUGCCAAAUAUUAUUGAAUAUGAACCAAACAACACAAACUGUGAUCCGAGUAAAGCCUUCCCACCUGUCCCCCCUGUGCACGCUGCUCAGUCAUUCCCUCCUCAGGCGGCUCACGAGUGCCCAUCCUCGUCCACGGAGGUUCCUCGUUCUGAAGGGUACCACAACGGAUGCCACGAAGAGGGUGCAGCGGGGAGCAAUCAUCCCGUUGGUCCUUCCUCUCAUCAUUUGUCACCACAAAAGAGACCACAUAGUGCUUCAACAUCAACGCAAGUUGAUCCUGUUCAUUUUGAAUCCAAACGACAAAAAUCUUGUCCUGUGCCUCAAAAUUCUACUCGUCCUAUGUUCAGCCCUGGUCCAACACGACCACCCUUCAGAAUACCAGAAUUUAAAUGGUCAUAUAUACAUCAGCGAUUGUUAUCUGAUGUCCUUUUUUCAUUGGAAACAGACAUUCAAGUGUGGAGAAGUCAUUCAACAAAGUCAGUACUUGAUUUUGUGAAUAGUAGUGAGAAUGCAAUUUUUGUAGUGAACACUGUGCAUCUCAUUUCACAAUUAGCAGACAACCUUAUUAUCGCCUGUGGUGGAUUGCUACCUUUGCUUGCAUCUGCUACUUCACCAAACAGUGAAUUGGAUGUUAUUGAACCUACUCAAGGAAUGCCUAUAGAAGUUGCAGUGUCAUUUCUUCAGAGGCUAGUAAAUAUGGCAGAUGUUUUAAUAUUUGCUAGUUCUCUAAACUUUGGUGAGCUGGAAGCAGAAAAGAAUAUGUCUAGUGGAGGCAUUUUGCGGCAGUGUCUGAGACUGGUGUGUACAUGCGCAGUGCGUAAUUGUUUAGAAUGUAAAGAACGCAGCCGUCCUUUCACAACAGUUUCUCCCCCUGCAUUGAACAGUAGCAAUAAAUCAGCUCAUCUUCAGUCUCUCAUUCGAGGUGCUCAGGCAUCUCCUAAGAAUAUCGUUGAAAAUCUUGCAAGUCAGUCAAGCCCAGUGAAAGAUCCGGAGAAGCUACUUCAAGAUAUGGAUGUUAAUAGGCUGAGAGCUGUUAUUUAUAGAGAUGUAGAAGAAACAAAACAAGCUCAGUUCCUCUCACUUGCAAUUGUGUACUUCAUAUCUGUUCUUAUGGUUUCAAAAUAUCGAGACAUAUUGGAGCCUCCUCUUGUUCCUCGUCCUCCAAGUCCAGCUCAACCAGCACAUCGUACCAAUGGCACAUCCCAUCACUCAAGCAGUCCUCCAGAGGGUGGAGCUCGACCUCUCUUCCCCCAGUGGUCUCAUCACGUCUACCCUCAGUUUCUUCCUGGCACUCAUCCGAAUGCCGUCCCUCCUCAACAACCUUACCUCCGACACAGAAAUCCCUUUUACAAAAACCACAACAAUAACAACAACAAUCAUGUGCCAACCAGAUACCAUAGAAAUUCGACUAUGGGUCAUCCAGCUCAGCAAAGAGCAAUGUGUCCCCAGUUGUCUCAGGAUGACGGAGAAUAUGAAGUGAUUGUAGUUGAUGAAAACAAUUCUUCUGUUUUGGCCGAUCAUGAUCAUUCAAGUGGGCCACCAUCUUUAAAGGGAAGCACUCGAUCAAGGGCUUCAUCGCAUGCCUCUUCUCUUAACAACCACCAUUAUGAGAUAGAUCAGCCUGAUAGUAUGCCGAGAUACAGCCGAGCUCCUCCUCCGACUCUUCUCUCCAACAAGAGUGCUGAAUCCAUAGAAGAAGUAAACUCCCUCAACAUGAAUGCAACAGAAAAUAGUGUUGAUUUGGAACCUCCCAAUGAAAUUCUUUUAGAUGAUAACAAGCCUCUUUCAAAUGAUGAGAGUUGGACUGAUGUCAAUCUAAAUGAGGAGGGAGACCCAAUGACCACAAAAGAAGAGCAUCGCAAUCUUCACAACAUGGCACAUUCCAGAGGUAUGGUGGAUGCCGAAGGUAACAUUCAACAGGGACCAGGAUUAAAUGUGGAGAGAGGGGAAAAACCUCAGGGAGAAAUAUCAGUGGUUAGAGUUCCUGAUGGCCUCUGUCCUGCUCCUACACAAGCUCGACCAGAUGAGUUGCCAAUUAAACCAUUAAUGGAACACCUCCCAGUACCUACUCCUUCCAGAGAAGCCAGCCUUACACAAAAAUUGGAAAUGGCUUUGGGAUCAGUGUGUCCUCUUCUGCGAGAGAUUAUGGUAGACUUUGCUCCUUUUCUCUCAAAGACGCUUGUUGGUUCACAUGGACAAGAGUUACUCAUGGAAGGAAAAGGUCUAACAACAUUCAAGAAUAGUAAUUCUGUAGUUGAGCUUGUUAUGCUGUUGUGUUCCCAAGAAUGGCAAAAUUCUUUGCAGAAACAUGCUGGCCUAGCUUUUAUUGAACUUAUUAAUGAAGGAAGGUUGUUGUCGCAUGCUAUGAAGGACCACAUUGUUCGUGUGGCCAAUGAAGCAGAAUUUAUCCUCAAUAGAAUGAGAGCAGAUGAUGUGUUAAAACAUGCAGACUUUGAAUCACAAUGUGCUCAAACUUUGCUGGACCGUAGAGAAGAGGAGAGGAUGUGUGAUCAUUUGAUUACUGCAGCAAGAAGAAGAGACAAUGUAAUUGCGAGUAGAUUGUUGGAAAAAGUAAGAAAUAUUAUGUCAAACAAACAUGGUGCAUGGGGAUACACAGAUCCUCACACUGCUAAGAUGAAUGAGUUCUGGAAACUAGAUACGUGGGAAGAUGAUGCAAGGAGGAGAAAGCGAUUUGUUCACAAUCCUCUUGGCUCGAGUCACCCUGAGGCUACUCUUAAAGCAGCACUAGAGCAUGGUGCCCCAGAGGAUGCCAUUCUCCAGGCUCGUGAAGAAUUCCAUGCUCAUUUGGCAGCAUCUCGUUCACAACAGCAACAGAUGCAGUCCAAUGAUCUUAUGGAUGACAGUGAACUUCUAGCUGAUGACAGAGAUUUAGAUGUUGACUUGACUGGUCCUGUGAAUAUCAGUACAAAAGCCCGACUAAUAGCUCCUGGUAUCGUCACUCCUGGUAUGGUGUCCAUCACUUCUACAGAGCUGUACUUUGAAGUCGAUGAAGAUGAUCCUGAGUUUAAGAAAAUCGACCCAGAGGUAGGAUAUAUUUUCUUCUUUUUUCUGUAG